AUGGGAGUCCGGAUAUUAAGCCAGAGGCUACAUACUAAAAAGGCUCUUAUCAUUCUUGAUGACGUGGGUCAUGUAAAACAUCUGAAUGCUCUCUGUGGUCACAUGACAUGGUUUGGUUUGGGGAGUAAAAUCAUAAUCACAUCAAGGGAUGAACGUUUGCUGAUUGAACAUGAAGUGGAAGAAAGAUAUCAAGUUAAGGAAUUGACUGAUGAUGAAGCUCUUGGGCUAUUUAUUCAGAAAUCCUUUAAGGGAAACCAGGUUGGAAAGGAUUUUCUCGAGCUAUCUAAGAACUUUGUAGUAUAUGCUAAUGGCUUUCCAUUAGCUAUUGAAGUUCUAGGUUCGUCCCCUUUCCGCAGAAGCAAUGAAGAAUGGUCAAGUGCAUUGGAUGGACUAAAGGAAAACCCUGAAAGAAAAAUUAUCGAUGUGCUUAAAGUAAGUUAUGAUGGAUUACAGCAAAUAGAAAAGAAAGUAUUUUUGGACAUUGCAUGUUUCUUUAAAGGGGAGGACAAGCAUCGUAUAACAAGAAUACUGGAAAGUAGCUAUGGCUACCAUCCAGUCAUUGAUAUAAAAGUUCUCAUGGAAAAAUGUCUUCUAACUCCGGUUGGAAGAAAAUUAUCGAUGCACGAUAUGAUACAAGAAAUGGGUUGGGAAAUUGUUUGUCGGGAGAGACCUGAAGAGGUGGGUAGCCGUAGCAGGUUGUGGCUUUCCAAAGAAAUUACUCAUGUUCUUGAAAGUAAUAUGGAAACUGCUGCUGUCCAAAGUAUAUUGUUGAAUUUGCCAAAAGAAGAGGAGGUUAACUUGAAUGUUAACCAUCCCCUUCUAAAGAUGGACAGGCUGAGAUUGCUCAAAAUUCGGAAUGGGAACUUUUCUGGAAACAUCAAGUAUCUUUCUAAUGAGUUAGCACUUUUGGACUGGGAUUCAUGUCCUUUAAAUACUUUGCCGUCAAACUAUGAAUCAGAUGAAUUUGUUGAACUAAGGGUGCAUCCGAGCCGUAUCAAUAAUAUGAGAUUGUUGCUUAUACUGAAGAUGGUUAUCUAUUUCUUUGCAGAUCACCCAUCUAUGAUGCUAGUUUCGAAGCCCCUUAAAGGGAACAAUCACUCGACCUGGUCCCGUGCAAUGAGGAUCUCCCUGAGUGCCAAAAACAAACUCAGCUUCGUUGAUGAAAUUUCUGAUAGUAUCCUUUACAUGACUGAUGCUCAUGCAAUUUUGCGAGAGCGUUGUUCACAAAGCCAUGCCCCUCGGAUUUUCCAGUUACAACGGGACAUCGCUUCUCUUACCCAAGACCAACUUUCUAUUGCUGCGUACUACACGAAAUUGAAGAAAUUGUGGGAUGAACUGGCGUCUUACAGUGACUCCACUUCCUGCACUUGUUGA